UUCUCUACACAUACACAGUAUCAUCUGUUUAGGGGAUACAGUUUUGUUGUGCGUCUCUCCUGACUAUUUGCAGAUACUCAAAUUGUGCAUUGAAUCUCUAAUGUAUCAAUCAAACGAAGACGACGACGAUUUCUUCGCUGCCCUUUGCUUCGAUCAAAGCAAUGGAGGUGAAGAUCCUUACGCAUUUAUACAGACAGAACAGGGCAGCCUCUUUCCGGAUUUCGGGUCAUCAUCUGGUGUGAAUCUGCAGCCAGAGCAAGAACAAGUAUGCAACAACAACAUUGGAGAUCAGUUCGGUUCUUUUAGUGGAAACCUUCCUCAAGUCUGUAGCUUUACUGGUGAAAACAACGGUUUAGCAGCUUUUGGUGGAGACUCCAUUGGAUUUGGAUCAUCACAAUUGGAUUUGGGGACAUCUUAUAGUGGACUUUUGCAGCAAGAGCCACAUCAAGUCUGUAGCUUUAGAGGGAGAAACAACGAUUCAGUGCCUCGUGUGGAGACGGAACAGGAGCAAGUUUGCUGCGGUGUAGUGGAAAUCAAUUCUUCAUCAUCUGUUGGAGGUGUUAAGGAAGAGUUGGAGGAAGAAUGCUCAAGAAAGAGGGGACGAACUGGACCAUGUAGCAAGCCAGGAACCAAAGCCUCUCGUGAGAAAAAGAGAAGGGAGAUGCUAAAUGACAAGUUCAUGGAUUUGAGCUCUUUUCUGGAACCUACAAGAACUCCAAAGACGGAUAAACCAGCUAUAAUAGAUGAUGCAAUCCGGGUCGUAAACCAGCUCAGAGGUGAAGCUCAUGAGCUUAAAGAAACCAACCAGAAGCUUCUAGAAGAGAUCAAGUCUCUCAAGGCGGAGAAGAAUGAGCUAAGGGAAGAGAAGCUGGUGCUGAAGGCUGAUAAAGAGAAGAUGGAGCAACAGUUGAAAUCUAUGACAACGGUUCCAUCACCUGGGUUCUUGCCUUCUCAUCCAGCAGCUUUCCAUCAAAACAAAAUGGCCGUUUACGCGAGUUACGGUUACUAUCCAAACAUGCCAAUGAUGCCAUACUUACUGCCACCCUCGCAGCGUGAUACGUCUCAAGAUCAGCAAAACUGCUCUUUUGCUGCUUGAUCUUCUCUAUGUUGGCAUCAUACUAUGAAAAUCACUUUGGAAUUUUUGGUUUCAUGCAGAUGAUUCUUUGUUAUCAGUUUUGCAGUUACCUAUUGGGGGAUAGAGAAUGUUAUGGUUCUUGUUUAGCUUGUUCUUAGGUUCUAUUUUUGAAUAAAAUCUGAGAAUUUUUUUUUU